AUGAAGCUGUUGCUAAUAGCAGCUGCCUCUCUGGCAGUGGUGAGCUGUGCCAGCCUCUCUCUGGAGGACCUGGAGUUCCACGCAUGGAAACUCAAGUUUGGUAAAUCCUACAGGACCCCUGAGGAGGAGGCCCGGCGCAAAGACAUCUGGCUCUCCACCCGCCGCAGGGUUCUGACCCACAACAUCCUGGCUGACCAGGGCAUCAAGACCUACCGCAUGGGCAUGAACCACUUCUCCGACAUGGAUAAUGCAGAGUACCGUCAGAAAGCCCUAAUGAACCUGGCUCGCUCCAACACGACCAAAACGGCCAACUCUGCACAGAGGCCUGGUACUGUGCCAUUUGGACUUAAGAAAGGCCCCAAGUGGUCAACGUCAGUGGACUGGAGGGAGGAGGGAUGUGUGACUCCAGUGAAAGACCAGCAAAGUUGUGCAUCCAGCUGGGCCUUCAGUGCGACUGGUGCUCUGGAAUCCCAAGUCUGCAUUGCUCACGGAAAGCUUGUGUCUUUGAGUGAACAGCAACUGAUCGACUGUGGCAUUUCUGAUGAUUGUUCAGGCGGUACAGUCAAGGGGGCAUAUGACUCCUUGACCUUGUUGGAUGACGGACAACUAGACACAGAGGACUCUUAUCCCUAUGAGGCAAAGGGAUCGACCUGCCGUUUCGAUGAAUCUGACGUCGGUGCCGUCUGUACGGGAUAUGACACGGGAGACCCUGGAGAUGAAGAAGGGCUCGAGGUAGCGGUGGCACUGUUAGGACCCAUCUCUGUGACGGUCGAUGCCGGACAUGACUCCUUCCAGUCCUAUCAGUCUGGUGUCUACGAUGAGCCCUCCUGCCAGAGCACUGGAAGUCAUGCCAUGCUGGUGGUGGGUUAUGGAACUGAAGAUGGCCAAGACUACUGGCUGGUGAAGAACAGCUGGGGUGUGAACUGGGGAGAUGAAGGCUACAUCAAGAUGUCCAGGAACAAGAACAACCAGUGUGGCAUUGCAUCUGCCAUUAUUUUACCAAACGUGAAAUGAUACCGUCAAGAUCGGACAGGAAUCCAGACGGAGUUAUAAAGAAUGAAUAUACUUUAUUGAGCAAUCAUUACCGUGCCACAUGGACCAUGCAAUUUUGGUACAAUUAUGUACCAGACAUCUAAUUUGAACAUUCUCAUAAAUAUGCCUUUGAAUUUGAA